UCAGCUGUCAGACUUUGGCCACUCCGGCGAAGGUUUUUGUUAGCAAACUAACUCGAACUGCUCGGCUUUACUCAAGGUUUAAAGUUGUGCACCUUGCUGCCAAGCGUUUUUUUUAGCAGGUAUUUUAGCGCUAGGCUAGCUCCAAGGGAAAGUGCUUAUUUUUGUCCACCUUUAGAUAUUUGCACCCACGAAACAGCGUUCCUGAGCGGGUUUAAGAGUAGAUGCAGGGAGGGGGGAAUAGAAAAAGGCAAAAGUCUUUGUGCUUCCCUUCCCCCUCAUCAAAGAAAAGGGGAAAUGUCUUUAUCCAAAGGAAAGAAGAGGAACCCAGGGCAGAAGCUACGCAUAGAUGAUCUUCCACCUACACCGCCCCAAGCUACAGCGCCUCCUCGAGACCUAGACUCUAAGGCUUGUGUCACAAUCGGAGAUCAGAACUUUGUGGUGGAAGCUGAUGACCUGGAGCAGAUUGAAGAGCUGGGGAGGGGCGCCUACGGAGUGGUGGACAAGAUGAAACACGUCCCCAGUGGUGUAAUCAUGGCCGUCAAGAGGAUUCGUGCAACAGUUAAUAGUCUGGAGCAGAAGAGGCUCCUGAUGGACUUGGACAUUUCCAUGAGAACGGUGGACUGCUUCUUUACUGUGACUUUCUACGGUGCCCUUUUUAGAGAGGGAGAUGUUUGGAUCUGCAUGGAACUAAUGGACACGUCUUUGGAUAAGUUCUAUAAAAAGGUUAUUCAGAAAGGCCAGACGAUUCCAGAAGACAUCCUGGGCAAAAUCACAGUAGCAAUUGUCAAGGCUUUAGAACAUCUGCACCACAACCUCUCAGUGAUACACAGAGAUGUGAAGCCCUCCAAUGUCCUGAUCAACGCUCAGGGUCAGGUGAAAAUGUGUGACUUUGGCAUCAGCGGCCACCUGGUGGAUUCUGUGGCCAAAACAUUGGACGUCGGCUGCAAACCGUACAUGGCGCCUGAGAGGAUCAACCCCGACCUCAAUCAACAGGGUUACAGUGUUAAAUCAGACAUCUGGAGUCUUGGCAUCACUAUGAUUGAGCUGGCCAUUCUGAAAUUCCCAUAUGACUCUUGGGGUACCCCAUUCCAGCAGCUCAAGCAAGUGGUGGAUGAGCCGUCCCCACAGCUGCCUUCAGAUCGCUUCUCCCCAGAGUUUGUAGACUUCAUCUCGCAAUGCUUAAGAAAGAGACCAGAUGAAAGGCCGGCCUACACAGAAUUAAUGAAGCAUCCAUUUUUCACUCUGCACGACUCUAAAGAGACAGAUGUGGCCAGCUUCGUCAAGGUCAUCUUGGAUGAUUGAUGGGCUCAAUGCAGGCUCCACCUCGUCAACAUGUGGACCUGUCAUCGAAUCAAUGGCCCCUCCCAAUUUUUUUUUAAUGAGUAAAAAAAAAAAAAA